GCUUCCUUCUAUUCGACGAUCCACAACCAUGUCCCUUCAAAAAGACGUCUACCUUGUCAUCGGUGGAAGCGGUUUCGUAGGUCGACAUAUCGUCGAACACCUCCUGGCGAGGGGAGACGCCGUCUCUGUGUUAGAUAUUGUGCAGAGACAUCAUGAUGUCCCGUUUUAUAUGGGAAACAUCACCGACGAACGGGACGUGCUGGAUAUAUUGAAAAAGUCGGGCGCUACAUGUAUCAUACACACCGCCUCACCACAACACGGCGCGAAAGACCCCUCCGUCUACUACAAGGUCAACGUCGAGGGCACCCGAGCUGUCAUCGACGCAGCUAUCGCAGCCGGUGUCCGUAAGCUCGUCUACACCAGUUCCGCAGGCGUCGUAUUUGACGGCACUGACGUCGUGAAUGUCGACGAACGGGUACCCUAUCCGGAGAAGCCGUUCGACGCAUAUAAUGAUUCCAAAGCCCAGGGCGAGAAAGUCGUGCUGGAGGCAAAUGGAAAGGGUGGGCUGUUGACCGUCGCAUUACGUCCUGCGGGGAUAUUCGGGCCGGGAGACCGCCAAAUGAUGGCCGGCUUAUACCAAGCCUAUCAACGCGGCCAAACCCACAUCCAGAUCGGCGACAACAAUAACUUGUUCGAUUAUACCUACGUCGGGAAUAUCGCACAAGCCCACCUGCUCGCAUCCGACAAACUCGUUCCUCCUCCCUCUUACUCCUCUACUACGCCGAGCGAACCCAAAGUAGACCCCGAGAGUGCGACGGCAAAGCUCAACGAAUCUCUACACCGUGCUCUCCCUCCCAUAUGUGCCACGACCGAAUAUCACCGCACGCCACACAGCUCCGCGCGGCCACUCGGUCCCUAUGUCACACCCCCUCCCAACGCUGAAUCCAUCCUAUCCGCGUUCAACACCCCAUUCGACCCACGUGAACUCAAGCAUCCCAUCAUCCGUUCUCGGUUCGACCAGUUCGCCGAGAACGCAUUGGCGGCUGCUGAGAAGGACCCCCUCAGAGUCGAUGGUCAAGCGUUCUUCAUCACAAAUGGAGAGCCGGUUUACUUUUGGGACUUUACGAGGUAUGUUUGGAUGGCUCUCGAUCCCCCUGCACUCGAAGGGUCGAAGAACCAACGAGCGGAGAAAAAAAUAUUCAAGAUUCCACGCGCUUUCGGGAUGGCACUAGGGUUCUUAUCCGAGUGCUGGUCUUAUCUCAUCGGCAAGGAGCCGCUGUUCACAAGGUUCAGGGUAUCCUAUACUUGUGCGCAGAGGUAUCACUGUAUCGAGAGAGCAAGGAGAGUGCUAGGGUAUGUCCCGGAGGUGGGAUUGGAAGAGGGUGUCAGGAGGAUGGUGGAGGCAUUCAAGAAAGAGAACGGCUUAUCAUAA